GCGCCGGCCAUGCUCAUCACGCUGUGCUACUUGUACCUGUGGGUGCGCUGGGGGCGCCGUCCGGGCGCGCUGGUGCUGUCCACGGUGCGGCGGCUGCGCGCCUCGCGCUGCUCCUUCACCUUCUGCCGCGCGGCCGCGCAGCCCGGGGGCGCGCGCGUGUGCCUGAGCCGCGGCGGCCGCGUCUUCUGCGUCGGCGAGAGCCAGUCUGUUGAAGACUUGAACAAGUGGGCCCUGUUCCUUGUUUCCCCCUUUGUACUUGAGGCAGAGCACAUAGCGUUCGUGACAGAGAGCAUCUGGGCACAAGCUGACAGUUUCCAGAAGCCAUCGUCUUCAGAAACCGUUGUGAAAUGGUCCGACUGUUGUUUGCCAUUAGCUUGCCGACCCGGGGAUCCCUACCAAUUGAUUGCUAGAGCAAGCGUGGACAACUUCAGCAAGCUUGGAGCGGCGUUUAUGGAGGAGAGGCUCCAGAUGGAUAAUGGACUGAUAGCCCAGAAGAUUGUUUCAGUGCAUUUAAAGGAUCCCGCUCUGAAGGAAGUCAACGGGGCCUCCACCAAGCAAGUCCAGGCCCAGCCCCUGAGCCCAGAAGCUUCCCUUGAGGCCGAGCCUGCCCAGGGCAUCAUGGAGCAUUCUGGCCCAGGUGACCUGAAGGCCGCUGGUGAAGGCUGUUCCCGCCUGAGACGAGGCUGUGCCUCGGGAAGUGAGCCGACUGCAGAUGGCGAUCCAGGGCAGAGCUCUGCUGAGCACCGUCUGCUCCACCUGUCCAGUUGCCACGAGUGUCUGGAACUUGAGAACAGUACCAUCGAGUCGGUGAGGUUUGCAUCGGCAGAGAACAUUCCAGACCUUCCCUGUGAUAACAGCAGCCCUGUGGAUGGCGCUGCUGCCGAUGAACUCUGCCCUGAACAGGAACGGAGGAGAGGCAACAUUUCGGGAAAGGCACCCAACAUCCUGCUGUACGUGGGCUCCAGUUCUGAGGAAGCCCCUGGCCGGCUGCAGCAGGUGCGGUCUGUCCUGACUGACUGUGUGGACACUGACAGUUAUGCUCUCUACCAUCUGCCGGAAGACGGUGCUCUCCGGGACCCGUGGCCAGACAACUGCCUGCUAUUGGUUAUUGCCACCAGGGAACCCAUCCCCAAAGACAUACACCAGAAGUUCAUGGCCUAUCUUUCUCAGGGAGGGAAGGUGCUGGGCCUGUGUUCCUCCUUCACAUUUGGUGGCUUCCAGGUGACAAGCAGAGACAGGCUACGGAACACAGCCCAGAACCUGGUUUUCUCAAAGGCUGACGGGAGUGAGGUACGGCUCAGUGUCCUGAGCAGCGGCGCUGUUUAUGAGGAAGGACUCAGCCCGGGCAAACUCCAGGGUCACCUAGAGAACCCAGACAAGGAGAAGAUGAUUGUGCACGUGCCUUUUGGAAAUUGCGGAGGGGAGGCUGUUCUCUGCCAGGUGCACCUAGAACUCCCUCCAAGCGCUUCCGUGGUGCAAACCCAAGAAGACUUCAACGUGCUCAAAUCCAGCAACGAGAGAAGGCACGACGUCCUUAAGGAGAUCCUGAGGACCCUCGGCCUAAACUGUGAUGCUCGACAAGCCCCUGCCUUAACGCCGCUGUACUUGCUGCUGGCCACCGAGGAGAUCCAGGAUCCGUUUAUGCAGUGGCUUGAGAGGCAUGUGGAUCCUGAAGGAAUCAUAAAAUCCAGCAAACUCUCCCUUAAGUUCGUCUCCUCUUGCACGGCUGGAGUGGAGAUCACCCCGGCUUCUGUUCCCGUGGUUACCGACUCCGAUGCCUUCUCAUCAGAGUACUUUCACGUAGAGACGUAUCGGCAGAAUCUGCAGACCACGAGGCUCGGGAAAGUGAUUCUGUUUACGGAAGUGACCUCCACGACCAUGAGUCUCUUGGAUGGGUUGAUGUUUGAGAUGCCACAGGAAAUGGGUUUAAUCGCCAUUGCUGUUCGGCAGACCCAGGGCAAAGGACGGGGCCCAAAUGCCUGGCUGAGCCCUGUGGGGUGUGCCCUUUUCACUCUGCUGGUCUCCAUUCCCCUGAGGUCACAACUGGGACAGAGGAUCCCAUUUGUCCAGCAUUUGAUGUCCCUGGCUGUCGUGGAGGCGGUGCGGUCCAUCCCAGAGUAUGAGGACAUCAACUUGCGAGUGAAGUGGCCCAACGAUAUUUAUUACAGUGACCUCAUGAAGAUUGGUGGAGUUCUGGUUAAUUCCACUCUCAUGGGAGAAACGUUCUACAUCCUCAUCGGCUGUGGAUUUAAUGUGACUAACAGUAACCCUACUAUAUGUAUCAACGACCUCAUCGCAGAACACAAUAAGCAACACAAGACAGACCUGAAGCCCUUACGGGCCGAUCAACUCAUAGCCAGGGCAGUAACUGUUCUGGAAGAACUGAUUGACACAUUUCAGGACCGAGGGCCCAAUGGUGUCCUUCCUCUCUAUUAUAAAUACUGGCUGCACAGUGGCCAGCGAGUCCACCUGGGCAGCUCCGAGGGGCCGCAGGUGUCGAUUGUGGGCCUUGAUGAUUCCGGGUUCCUGCAGGUGCAUCACAAGGGCGAUGAGAUUGUGACUGUGCAUCCGGAUGGCAACUCCUUUGACAUGCUGAGAAACCUCAUCCUGCCCAAACGGCAGUAGCGCAGUAGCUGUCCCCGGACAGCUUGGGUCUUCCCUGCUGCAGCUGCAAGCCGCAACAGCUCCUGGAAGCCCCGAGCAACCAGGCUGCUUACAUGGCUUUGCCUGCCUGGGGCCUGGGAAUCUAAUGCAGAGCCGUGGGCCAGUGUCCUCUCCAAGUCAUUUGUUAGCUCUUCAGGUUAUUGGGUCCCG